AUGGGCAAGACCAAGUCUACCACCAAGGGCAGCAAGGCCGCUGACCCUCUCGCCAAGGUGAAGAACGCCGGCGUCACCAAGCCCGCCGAGAGCCCCAAGGCCAAGUCCAAGGCCAUCGCCAAGGACAUCAAGAAGAAGAGCAAGAAGGUCGUCGAGCCCGAGUCCGAGUCUUCCGAGAGCAGCGAGUCCGAGUCCGAGUCUGAGGCUUCCAGUGACUCUUCCGACUCCGAGUCUGAGGAGGAGAAGCCCGCCAAGAAGGCCGCUCCCAAGGCCGCCGCUAAGAAGGCCGAGUCCCCCGACAGCGACUCUUCCGAGUCCGACUCUGACUCCGAGUCUGAGGAGGAGGCCCCCAAGGCCAAGACCAACGGUGCCGCUAAGACCAACGGCGCUGCCAAGAAGGACGAGUCUUCCGACAGCGAGGAGGACUCUGACGACUCCGACUCUUCUGACGAGGAGGAGGAGAAGAAGACCGAGAAGAAGGCCGAGGCCUCUUCCGACUCCGACUCUGACUCUUCCGACUCUGACGAGGAGGAGGACUCCUCCGACUCUAAGGAAGCCUCGGAGACUGAGACCAAGGUUGAGGAGCCCUCCAAGAAGCGCAAGGCCCUCGACGACCCCGUCAUCCCCGGCAAGAAGGCCCGCACCGAUGUCUCUGAGCAGAGCUCCACCCUCUUCGUCGGCUCCCUCGCCUGGGCUGUCGAUGACAACACCCUGUACGAGGCCUUCCAGGAGUUCGCCGACAUCACCGGCGCUCGCGUCGUCUCCGACAAGAACACCGGCCGCAGCCGUGGUUUCGGCUACGUCGACUUCGCCAACCCCGAGGCCGCUGCCGCCGCCCUCGAGGCCAUGCAGGGCAAGGACCUCGCUGGCCGUGCCAUGAACAUCGACUUCUCUGGCCAGAAGCCCGCCGGUGACGGCAACCCCGCCGCCCGCGCCUACGACCGCGCUCAGAAGCAUGGAGACACCGUUAGCCCCGAGUCCGAAACUCUGUUCGUCGGUAACCUGCCCUUCGACACUGACCAGGACGCCGUCACUGCCUUCUUCAGCGAGGUCGCUGAGGUUGCCAGCGUUCGCCUGCCUACCGACCCUGACAGCGGUAACCUGAAGGGCUUCGGCUACGUCUCUUUCAACUCCAUUGAUGACGCCAAGAAUGCCUUCUCUCAGCUGAACGGCCAGUACCUUGGUGAGGGCCGCAGCGGCCGUGCUGUCCGUUUGGACUACGCCGGCCAGAAGCCCAACCGUGACGGCGGUGGCCGUGGCGGUGGUCGCGGAGGUUUCGGUGGCCGCGGCGGUGGUCGUGGUGGUGGCCGUGGCGGCUUCGGUGGACGUGGUGGUGGUGGUGGCUUCGGCGGUCGCGGCGGUGGCCGUGGCGGCGGCCGCGGUGGAUUCUCCUCCACCAACCGUGGAGGCCUGGGCGACUUCAAGGGCUCCAAGAUCACCUUCUAA